AUGAAACUGCAUGCACACGACGACCUAUUUGGUUCAGAAGAUGCUGCAGUGCAGCCUAAAGAUUUCAUUGAGGACGAUGACAAAGCAGAUGAAAACAACCCAUUGUUUGUUGCGGACUACGUAUUCGAAUUCUAUGAGUACCUGUACUCCCUAGAGGAGAAGUAUCCUAUCAAAAAAGGCUUCUUGCGUGAACAAUUUAUUUCACCUGGAAUGCGAGCAGUAUUGGUUGAUUGGCUUGUAGGUGACCAAUUGGAAUUCGGCUUGUUACAAGAGACACUUUAUCUUGCUGUCCAAAUACUUGAUAGGUAUCUUCAGGCCAAGCCCAUUCAUCACUGCUUUUCCAAGUUCUUUCUUGAACUUGCCAUGAUGGCGUAUUCUCUCUGCCACGUUCGGCCCUCUCUUAUUGCUGCUGCUGCCCUCUACAUUUCUCUGUGGUAG